CCACGCCCACCUCUUCCCUCCCGAUGACUCCAAGCUUGGAAGCCAGUUUUUGGGGUUGAGACUCCUGGCCGCUAUUUUCAUCACCUUUCAGUCAAGCCUCCGAAAGCACUUUGGGUUUCAAAAAUAUGCCCGGAGCUCUCGUCCAACCUUAAUCCAAAUUCUUCGAGAUUUCGGGGGGGGGGAAAAACAACAAAACAAAAAUGGCGCUGACUUUAGCGCUCACAGUCAUUUGCGUCGCUUUGCCGUCCUGCGCGUCGAGCUCUCAUUUGAGCAGUCAUUUUGUUUUGGAGCCCUGUGAUUUCCUUUUCGACACGGCGGUGGAAGCCUACUAUAAGGGAGACUGGCUCUCGGUCAUCCUGAACAUGGAGAAGGCCCUCCGGAACAGAGCGACAGUCCGGAAGGUGAAGGCAGACUGCCGACUCGGAUGCGCCAACCGGACCGCUUUCGAAGACCCCGCGCCCGGCCCCGGAAUUCCCGUACCCGGGGCUGGAUCUGUGCAGGAUCUGGGUUUCUUUCGGGAAAUCCUCAAACGCGCGGACUGCGUGAAUUCUUGCGAAACGCAGAAACUCGGCACACCGACUUUGCAUCAAGUCGGUGAAGCGGUGGAGCUGGAGUUCCAGAGGAGGACCCCUUACAAUUACUUGCAAGUCGCGUAUUUCAAGAUAAAUAAGCUGGACAAGGCAGUGGCAGCAGCCAACACAUUUUUUCAAGCAAACAAAGAUCACAUGGAGAUGAGACAGAACCUGGACUACUACAGCACAAUGUCAGGAGUGCAGGAAAAAGACUUCAAGGAUCUUGAAGCCAGACCACAUAUGGUAAACUUCUUGGCGGGGAAGAGUUACUACAGCGACAACUCUUUCGGCCUGGCAGCCAAAGUAUUCGAGGCGGCUGUAGAUGACUACUUCGUUGCUGAUGAAGAGUGCAGAGCGCUUUGUGAGGGAAGCUACAACUACGACGGCUACAAUUACAUGGAGUACAAUGCCGACCUCUACCAGACAGUGACAGACCAUUACAUACAGGUACUAAAUUGUAAGCAGCGCUGUUCCGUGGAGCUAGCCUUUGCUGCUGCUGAAAGCGACAAGCCCUUGGAGGAUUUCCUCCCCUCACAUUUUAACUACCUGCAAUUUUCCUACUACAACAGUGAAAGCUAUGACCUGGCCAUCGAAUGUGCAAAGACGUUCUUGCUCUUCCAUCCUGACAAUGAAGUGAUGAAACAGAAUCUUGCUUAUUAUUCAGCCAUACUGGGAUUGGACAAGGCAGCGUUCAUACCAGCAAGACAGAUGGUGAAGCGGUUCAUUCAGCGUUCUCUGCUGGAGAAAGAACUAAUGUACUUUGGAUAUGAAGCAUUUGGAAUAACAUUUAUUGAUCCCGACACCUGGACUCCAGAAGAUAUCAUGCCUAGACAAUUGAGAGAAAAACAGAAGGCUGACAGAGAGACAGCAGCGAGGAUCACGGAAGAAAUAGGAAACCUGAUGAAAGAGAUUGAAACUCUGGUUGAAGAGAAGAAGAAGGAUUCUACAGAUUUGGCAAACAUAGUAGUAACACAAGAAGGUGGAAGUCUAUUUUAUGACAACAUUAAAGUGACCUUGACAUCCAUGCAGCUGAAUGGCUCUCAACGGGUCUUGCUUGAUGGGGUUAUCACCGAUGUUGAGUGCACGGAGUUGCGGCGUCUGUCUAACGCAGCUGCUCUCAAAGGUGAUGGUUACCGUGGGCAUCCUUCCCCCCACUCCCCUGCUGAAAUGUUUCAGGGAGUCACUAUUUUGAAGGCUCUGAAGCUGGCACAAGAAGGAAAGCUUUCACUGAUGGAUGUCCGUCUGUUCUUUGACGUUAGCGAGAAGGUGAGGAAGGUUUUGGAGUCAUACUUUCGCUUGAGCUCCCCACUCUACUUCUCCUAUUCACAUCUGGUGUGUCGCUCUGCGAUUGAGGAGAAGCAAAAAACACGUAAUGAUCUGAGCCACCCUGUUCAUGUUGACAACUGUCUGCUGGUCUCAGAGCUCAAUGAGUGUUUAAAGGAACCGCCUGCAUACACACAUCGAGAUUACAGUGCAAUACUUUACCUGAAUGAUGACUUUGAAGGAGGAGAUUUUAUUUUCACAGAAUUAAAUGCCAAAGUCGUCACGGCUUUGGUGCGUCCAUCGUGUGGCCGUGUGGUUGGAUUUGGAGCAGGAAAGGAAAACCCACAUGGUGUGAGAGCUGUAACAAAGGGACAGAGGUGUGCUGUUGCACUGUGGUUCACCUUGGAUCCGGCUCAUGAGGAAAAGGAAAGAAUCCAAGCUCAGCAUAUGCUGGAGAUGUUCUCCACCACUUUGAUGAAAGAUUUUAACUCAAAAGAGGCAAUGGUGAGCUCAGACCACUAUUCCAUGGUGACAGAAACAACCAGAGAGACUGACAAGACAGAAGUAGAUCAACAAGAGACUAAAGAUGAAGAGAAAGUUAACCCAUAUAACAUACAAACUGCAAGAACAGCUGAGGUCAAGACAGAUGCAGUACAUCCUGUUCACAUAGAUGGACAAGAGACACUCAGAACAAAAGUGGAGCAGCUGGACAACAAUAAUUCCAAAAAUGCAGUCAAAAUGGAUGCCCAAACGCCUUCCUCUCAGAAUGGCAAGGAUGAGUUGUAAUCCAAUUUAACGUAUGGUUUUUCUUCAUACUGUGUGGCCUGAUUGAAACUGAGUGAAAAUACAGCGGGGUGUUUGAAAAAUGUCUUGUAGUUAUUUAAUGAAUUUGCUAUGAUGGGCGAGUUGAUCGCAGUCAUAACAAGCAAUAUGGACAGCUUUCAGAUCGUCUCUUAAAGGGUGACACUGUAGUAAUUACUCGCAUCUAGCGUAGAAAUUGUGUAUCGCAUCCAAACGAAUGGUGCACUGUAGACCCUCGGCUUUUCAAACACGUAUUGCAACAACCGUAGCCGUCGUAUAUCACCAAACCUCGAUGAACAACAACACUGUCUCACAGAACCGAAUGGAAAAAGUUACCUUCAGGCUAAUUUAGGCAGUGUUGACUUACUUGACGAGGAGAACGCUGGCAACUUCAGUUUCCAGAUGGCAGACUGUCAUGGCGUUCCCCUACUGGGUCACCACUCAUGUAAAAGUCUUCGCUUACGAGAAUGUAUCAGAUUAUUAGCAGAGGUCAUUAUAAACCAAUGAUAACACAAACGCAGACGUUGAUUUUGGCCAGUAAACAACUGCAAAUGUUUCACAGUGUCCCUUUAACUAUACUGUUCUUUGAGAUAAAAAAUACUAAUUUGACAUUCAAGGUUUUGUCACUGCAAUGAGCUAAAUACAAGGUGUGUGAAAUUGAGAGGGUGGAUUUCACAUCAAAAUAAGUUUAAAUGUGAUGUUUCCUAAACGUGCAGUACUCAAGGCCAACACUAGUCAGCAGUAUGGAUACAUUUAUCAGCCUUUCUCUUACUCUCGUCUGAUUUCCUGGCCCAGUAUUUCAGAAGAAGUCAUCUGGAUCAGAAUGAUCUGGAUUUGGAAAUUUUGCUGUAGCGGAUCAAAUUGAUCUUGUAGUUUUGUCCUGGUUUUUCAAAUUUCAUCAAAGAUCAUUCUGAUCAGGAUAGGAUAGGAUUUCGGAAUCCAGAUUUGAGGUCUUUGAAUAGGCCAACUACCAGGAUUCAUCCCACUUGUACUUUUACCAUUCACCUGUUUAAUUUUUAUCAGGGCAUUGUCCAAAUUGCC